AUGGCUAUGGCCUGGAAUCAGAACGCGCUACGGGCAGACUUUUGUCAUGCAUUGUCAGAAAUGUACAAGAGUGAGGUCCCAUUAUACGGUGACUUGAUCGAUAUCGUCUGGAAUGCCGAUGCAAAGGCAGUCCAAGCUAGUAAGGCGCUAGGAGGAGCGAAAGCUAUCAAUCCAGACGACGUUUUGCCUUCACGGCAUCGAGUCGAAAGACAUGGUGCCAUUCGGCUUGGAACGGCAUAUGAGUUAAGCACAAUUCGUCGCAUGUUUUCUGUAAUGGGAAUGUAUCCUGUGGGGUACUAUGACCUCAGUCUUGCUGGCUUUCCUAUGCAUGCUACAGCAUUUCGGCCGAAGACACAGGAUGCAUUAUCUCAGCACCCCUUCCGCGUUUUCACCACAGUCUUGCGGAUGGAUCUUUUGACAGAGAAGACGCGAAAGUUGGCACAGAAAGCCUUGGCACAGAGAAAGAUCUUCACCCCAAGACUUCUCGAGCUUCUAGACCUAGUCGAGAGGAAUGGUGCUUUGUCGCCAGCUGAGUGCACCGAGUUUAUCACAAACGGAUUAGAGACGUUUCGCUGGCACUCGAAGGCAACGGUGACACUUGAUGAAUACAUGCAGCUCAAGACUGAACACCCUCUCAUCGCCGACGUCGUCUCAUUCCCAAGUUCACAUAUCAAUCAUUUGACACCUCGCACAAUUGACAUCGACCUAGUUCAGCAGCUUAUGGUGACACAAGGGAUGCCAGCGAAGGAACGGAUCGAAGGGCCUCCAAAACGAACGUGUCCCAUUCUUCUGCGGCAGACAAGUUUCAAAGCGUUAGAAGAAACAGUCUACUUCCGAGAUACACUCGAUGAAUACGUGAAAGGAUCUCAUACCGCACGUUUCGGAGAAGUGGAGCAGCGAGGCUAUGCGUUGACACGAGAGGGCCGUCAGUUGUAUGAUCAAAUUCUAGACCAGGUCAAUGUCGACGCCGCAAAAAAUAACCUCAAAGGAGGCGAUUAUGACAAGCUGCUAGAAAGCCAUUUCAAGGCGUUCCCUGAUAGCUUGUCAGAACUUCGCGACCAAAACCUUGCCUAUUUCUCAUACCGACUUACCCCAACCGGCGAAAGGCUCGCAGAAGAUGGUGCCGCGUUGACGAAACUCGGAAGAUCAGUCUCUGUUCAAGAGCUUCUAGACCAGGAUAUUCUGGCCUAUGAGCCUCUCACUUACGAGGAUUUUUUGCCACUUUCUGCGGGAGGCAUCUUCAACUCCAAUCUCGGAAAUGUCUCCCAGUCAAAGCAGCUUAUUAUGAGCGCAGAGCCGGACCUGGAUGGAUUUCAACGUUGUUUGGGCACCUGCGUUGCUGAUGAAUUUCAUCUUUACUCCGAGAUGCAGAAAGAAUCGAUUCAACGGUGCAAGCAUCAGCUUGGAGUAGACAUCAUUGUCUAA